AUAUUUAUAUAUAAAAAAAUAUUUUUUUUAUAAAAAUAUUUAUCAUCUAAUUAUAAAAUUUUAAUCAAGAAUUAGUCAUUUUAUGCCAAUUGGAAAUAAAAACGAAAACGAUGGUAGCCCCCUGAAUGAAUUUUCAGGGCUCUCCAUCUCAAAUGAAAAAGGAAGCUCAAGCAGUAACUCUACCACUAGCGAACCAUAUGUUCCACCAUCAAGAAGAAACAAGAUGAGCGGUAAUCAAGGUUCAAGAGACAAUGAUAACAAUUCACCAUAUGACUCUAGACAAGGUGAAAAUAGAUUCUCUAAUGAUUCUCCAUUUAACAGAAAAGCCGGUUUCGAAAACCGUGGUAAUGAUGGAAGAAGAGAUAGUAACAACUAUAAUAAUAAUAGAGAUUAUAAGAGUCCAUCAUUCUCAAGAAAUAACAACUGGGGUGAUAACAACAACACCACCAACAACAGAGAACCACCAAGAGGUGGCAAUUACACCUAUUCACCAAACAAUUCUUUCAAUCGUCAAUCAGGCGCCUCAGGAAACACUUUUGGUAAUAGAAGUAGCUCAUUCGGUAAACCAGCCAACAAAAAUGAUCGUUACUACGAUAGAUGGAAUCAAUUUAAAGAUACUAGACAUUUCCCAGAUAUGAAGAGAGAAAUUAUCGAUUUAGAAGAAGAUAAAGUUGAAGAAAUUUUCAAAACAAAUGGUAAUGUUGGUAUUGAUUUCAACUCUUAUGAUGACGAUGAUAUUUCAAUUGAAACCAGUGAACAUAUUUGUGCUCCAUUAAUUUCUUUCACCGAUGUUGAUUUAGGUGAUGUUAUUCUCAGUAACAUUAAAUAUGCCAAAUACACCAAACCAACUCCAGUCCAAAAGAGUGCUCUUCCAAUCAUCUUUAAAAACAGAGAUCUCAUGGCUUGUGCCCAAACUGGUUCAGGUAAAACUGCCGCUUUCCUUUUACCAAUCAUCUCUGGUAUCCUUUUAGAUGGUGCCCCAGAACCACCAGCUUCAUACAAACCAGGUGUUCCACGUGCUGCUGCUCCACGUGCUCUUGUUCUUGCCCCAACUCGUGAACUUGCUCAACAAAUUUACAACGAAGCCAAUAAAUUCUCUUAUGGUUCACCAAUCCAAUCCGUCGUCAUUUAUGGUGGUGCUGAAGUAUUCAACCAAAUUAAUGAACUCGACAAAGGUGUUGAUAUCUUAGUUGCCACUACUGGUCGUCUUGUCGAUCUUUUACUCCGUGGUCGUGUCACCCUCUCAAAAAUCAAAUAUUUAGUAUUAGAUGAAGCCGAUCGUAUGUUAGAUAUGGGUUUUGAACCACAAAUCCGUCAAAUUAUUGGUGAUUUCGAUAUGCCAGGCUCAAGAGACCGUCAAACUCUUAUGUUUUCAGCCACUUUCCCAAAACAAAUCCAAGCUCUCGCAUCCGAUUUCCUUUCAAAUUAUAUCUUCCUCAAAGUCGGUGUCGUUGGUACCACCCAAAAUAUCACCCAACGUAUUGAAUAUGUCAGCGAAGAAGAAAAGAAUAGCUAUCUUUUAGACUAUAUUUCUGGUUUAAAUAUUGAUGGUGCUCUCACUUUAAUUUUCGUUGAAACUAAACGUUCAUGUGAUACCUUAACUUUCUUCUUAAAUAACCGUGGUUUCCCAGCUACUUGCAUUCAUGGUGAUCUCACCCAAAGCGAAAGAGAAAACGCACUUCACAGUUUCAGCUCAUUCCAAACUCCAUUUUUAGUUGCAACUGAUAUUGCUUCAAGAGGUCUUCAUAUUCCAAACGUUAUGGUCGUAAUUAACUACGAUUUACCAACAGAUGUCCAUAUCUAUGUUCAUCGUAUCGGUCGUACCGGUCGUGCAGGUAAAAAAGGUUUAUCAAUUUCAUUCUUCAAUGAAAAGAACAAACCAGUUGGUGGCGAAUUACUCAAGUUACUCAAAGCCUCAAAUCAAGAAAUCCCAGAUUGGUUUGAAAAGAUGGUACACCAACUCCGUCUUGUUAAAGGCCCAUCAACUCAAAAAUCAAAAUACGAAUCACCUUUCAACAGAUCAUAUAACAACCAUAGAGAUGACCGUAAUGAUAACCGUGAUGUUCGUGAUACCCGUGACAACCGUAGCUAUAGCAACAACAAUAAUAGCAGUCGUGGUGGUAAUGAAAGAGGCAAUGAAAAAUCAAGCAAUGAUUACUCAAUGCACCACCCAUACUUCAACACUGGCGGUUCAUACAAUUAAAUUAUAAUCUUUUAAAUAAAUUCAUUUUUAUAACUUAAAAAUUAAAAAUAAAAAAAAAAAUUUCGUUCUUUUAUUUUAACAUUAUUAUUAGGGAUCGCCUGUUAAUGUUUUUAUAAACAAAAAAGAAUUAAAAAUAAUAUAACAAAACUUCAUAAUAUUUUACAACAUAAUUUUUUUUUAAUAAAAAAUAAAAUAAAAAAAAUUACC